CGGAGCCUCUGCCAUUCCUCGCCUUCCCUGCGUGGUAUGGCGAGAGGGUAUGUCAGGAGAUCCGGGAUCCGCGCGCCCUCCGCGGUGCUCGGGCACAGCCUCUGUCGGAUGGCUAGCUCCCGCCUGGAUCCGGAAUCAGAACUCGAAUCGGUGUUCCCUCGAGAGGUCGGGCUCUUCGCAGACUUUUACUCGGAGAGGAGCCGGUUCUACUUCUGUGGGCACGUCCUGAGCAUCACACAGAACUUCGGGUCCCGCCUCGGGGUGGCGGCGCGAGUGUGGGACGCGGCUCUGAGCCUGUGCAACUAUUUCGAGAGUCACAAUGUGGAUUUCCGAGGCAAGAAAGUGAUCGAAUUGGGCGCGGGGACUGGCAUCGUGGGAAUCUUGGCAGCGCUGCAGGGGGGGGAUGUUACCAUCACUGACCUGCCUCUGGCCCUAGAGCAGAUCCAGGGCAACGUCCAGGCUAAUGUACCAGCUGGAGGCCGGGCGCAGGUCCGCGCUUUGUCCUGGGGGAUUGACCAGCAUGUCUUCCCUGGCGACUAUGACCUGGUGCUGGGGGCAGAUAUCGUGUACCUGGAGCCCACCUUCCCACUGCUGCUGGGGACCCUCCAACACCUGUGUGGGCCCCAUGGCACCAUCUAUCUGGCCUCCAAGAUGAGAGAGGAGCAUGGGACAGAGAGCUUCUUUCAGCACCUCCUGCCCCAGCACUUCCAACUGGAGCUGGCCCAGCGGGAUGAGGAUGAGAAUGUCAACAUCUAUAGAGCCAGGCACAGGGAAUCAAGACCUGCUUGAUGUCACCUCUCCUGUUCUCAACUCCUUGUCCCAGUGAAGGACCUGCAUACCUCAAAAGCCAUAUCUGCAGAACCAUAAGCACGAGGACCAAGAAGGAUCAAUUUCUCUUCCUUCUUUCUCUUUUCCUUUCUUUUGUAUUCCCUCAGAUAGUCUUGGGCAAAUACAGGGCAAUGCCCGCUUGCUGAGCACCCAGGAGUUCUGGCAGCACUGGCAUUAGAGCACAAAGGAGGCUCCUAGCUCCUGUUCUUAGAAGAGGAGGGGAGGGGACGCAGGGAUUUUAGGAAUAGGGAGGUAAAUAAGAUGUUUGAGCAGUGGCUGCAGACUGUUCCUGAUAACACUGACAACUGUGUUGUCUAUUUAUACAGGAUAGAUUUUUUUUUU